GCUUACAUGUACCAGGACACCAACAGAUGGCGUCUGUAAACUUGUUUUGUUGUUUGGGAAACAGCUGACACUAGUUGUUUCCAUUGUUCUGCUUCGAAUACAUUGACCACGAAAAGUUGACGAGAAGAGUAUUAUUUCUCGAGAGUUAAAAAAGGCUGAUGGAAUGGGUCGCAUAUUUCUGCAACACAUUGGAGGUAUGCGCCUCUUUUCCUGCGCGGCCUGCGAUACUUUUUUGACUAAUCGAAAUGAACUGAUUAGUACACGAUUUACUGGUGCGACUGGUCGUGCUUUCCUGUUCAACCGAGUCGUAAAUCUCAAUUUCAGUGAAGUUCAAGAUCGUGUCAUGUUGACUGGGAGGCAUAUGGUACGGGAUGUUUCAUGCAAAAACUGUGAUGCAAAACUUGGAUGGAUCUAUGAAUUUGCCACAGAAGAGAAUCAGAGAUACAAGGAAGGAAGGGUGAUCUUGGAGCGAGCCCUUGUAACUGAAACAGAUGGAUUUGAAGAACAUAUGGGUGAAAGUUAAAAUCUUGCUAUGUCAAAACAUGUUUGUGUAUGUAAUAUGUGUGUCCUUUUAUAAUCAUUUGCAGUAUAUUAUCAGCAGUUCUUGAGUUCGUAUGAAACAUGGUUGGAAGAGAAAUUUAUUUCAAAUUUAAGUGAAAAUACAAAAUUUGUUAGACUUAAA